GACAUUCCCUGGACAUGAACAAUGUGCGGCCAAAACAACACCUGCACACUGUGACAAUCAUCUACUGUGCUGAGAGCUGACUCGCACCGCCGAGCAAACCAGUCAAGCUUUUCAUCUCUGAAGGAACUCUACUCAGACUCGUCUUAUCCAAGGCUGCCGGCGUGUUGUCAAACACCUGACAAGCAAACGAAAACAUCGGAGUCAGCUCGGGCUUUAGUGUCGCUGCAGAGAAGGAUUCUGCACCUCGGAGGCUCGGCCAACACCCAGCAGGAGUAUGAAACUGGAAGUGAGCGACAUCAACCUAAAAGUGGGAGAUCAGCUGAAGAUAAAAGGAGAGAUUCCACACGAUGCUGAAAGAUUCCAGAUCGACCUGGGCUUGGAUGCCGACGACCUGGCCCUGCACUUCAAUCCUCGUUUCCAUGACGACACCGACGGAGCCGUUGUGGUGUGCAACUCCAAGACUGCGGGCUGCUGGGGGGUAGAGAGGCGGGAAACACAGCACCCCCUGCAGAGAGGCACGCAGGUCAAGAUGGUGUUGAAGCUAACUGGCCAGAUGUUUGAAGUGGAACUUCCUCACGGACACCAGAUCCACUUUCCCAACAGGGUGGACAUGGAGGUCAUCAACUACCUGAAAAUCACAGGAGACUUCAAACUGACUAGCUUGAAGAUUUGCAUGUAGGAUAAGAAACAGCCCUGUGCUAGUAAACCUCGACAUUUUUAAACGUCAAAAUGGCUUUUGUCCACGCUGCCAAGCUAAAUAAAUACAUGCGGUCGGGGAAUGAAAUGCUGGCUUGUUGAAAAUGUUGUGAAAAUCCAUAAGAAAAUGUGUAAUAAAUAAUAGAGUGACA